CCCUGGUCACCAUCUCCUCCGCCUCCGGGCGGCCCCGCCGCGGCGCCGUCCGGUGCGAGGUCGCCUCCUCCUCCGCGCCGUCGGCGGCUGGACCCCAGGCCGCCAAAUGGGCCCAGAGGACCGUCGUCCUCCCGCCGCAGCGCCGCGGCUGCCACCUCAUCACCCCCAAGAUUGUAAACGAGAUAAGGGAUGACCUGACCGAGUUCAAGUGUGGCAUGGCCCACCUAUUCUUGCAGCACACAAGCGCUUCUCUUACUAUCAAUGAAAAUUAUGAAUCUGAUGUCCAGGCAGACACUGAAACAUUUCUUAGUCGCAUUGUUCCAGAGGGUCCAUCUGCUCCAUGGAGGCACACCAUGGAAGGACCUGAUGACAUGCCAGCACAUAUUAAGUCAUCAAUGUUUGGUUGUUCCUUGACGAUUCCAAUCACCAAUGGGUGUCUCAACAUGGGAACUUGGCAGGCUCCUAGGAAAUGCCAAUUUUUUUCUUUGGCUUGGUUGGACAGCUCGAAGGGGGUUGCCGCAUCCUGAAUGCUGCCAAUCUGUGAUCAAAUGACACAAAUAUUCAGCAUAUUAUGACGUCAUGUGUCUUCUCAAAAGUCAAAACAUGUUUUUCCUCUUGUUUAGGUGGUUUUGCCUACCGGACUUGUCGCCACAAUCUGAUGACAUAGUGUAUUUGGUGUUUGAAGAUUAGUGGCAUGGUUGACAUUCCGUUGAAGCCUGGGCUAAACUCACUGAUUUUUCUAGGAGCUUGGUUGAUCUGGAAUCAAAGAAGUGACUGUGACUGUGUUUUCAGUGGUGAUGUGCCUAGCCUUCAAACGGUUUUCAGCAUCGCCUGCAAAGAAGGUCGCCUCUGGGGCUUGGCUGGGGUUAAAGGUUUAUUGCAGAUAGCUGCGACUGGCCCUUAGCUUAGUGUUGUUUCUGUAGGUAAUUUGUUAUGUUUCUGUGGUGCGAAUGUAAUCUGUUACUCUGUUAGGAUGUGUUGACUUCAAUACUUUCUUCUUCUAAAUGCAGUGUUCUAGGAAAAAAAACACUUCCACUGAUUUUUUAAUUUAAUCGGUAUACAAGUACUUAAGGAAUAAAAUAAGGAGAAAAUGAUGGCCUGAUACAAUACAAACGUUAGAACAAUAACCAACAUGUUUCCAAUGCUGUACAGCUGUGAUCUAUUGAUUUCUCCAUGUAUUGUUGCUAGCAGUGAUACAGAUCCAUGGGAGGCAGCCCUGGAGUGUGACAGUUGAUGAGCUGUAACCAUGUAGCUCACUGCUGGAGGAAAUUUGGCUGAAAGCAAUAGAGACAUUGGUGACACGAUGGGUGCAAUAUUCUAAAAAAAGGACGUACCCAGUGCCGUAGGCUCCCGCACUGUGCGGGGUCUGGGGGAGGUUAUUAGCGGGAGGUCUUUCCCACACACCGUGCAAUAUGUAGAGACCACCGCUCGAACCUGUGACCUCUCGGUUCACAGGCGGCAAGCACUACCACUUGCACCAGGCCGCCCUUUUUAAAAUUUAGCAAAAUUCAUCUGAUUACCCAUCUACUAGUAGUAGUUAUGUACUUCUAGGUCUUCUUGUCCUGGUCAUGCGGACAGGUAUGGCCACCUAUUUUUUGUAGACAUUUCCUGUUUUCAGAAAACUGGGAGGGAGUAACAAGGAUGAUGGCUAUUGAGCCGUGAUCCAGGCCAUCACAAUGGGGAUGUCACGACCAAGGCCAGUAACAGCAGGCUGACAGUUGAUCCUGUUCAGGAGGAGCAUGGCAGUGGCAGCCAUCUUGACAGAUCCUGGCGGCUGAUGUGGAAGAUACAAAAUAUUGAGGGUGCUAAAGAAUCAUUCAAACCAUAUAUUGAGGGUGCCCUUCCGAAACCAAAUGGGAGUAAGAUAUUCUCAUAUGUUUCUUAUCCUGCUAUUGCUUCACGGAGCUAAUGCUGCUUUGAAGGACCCAGUACAGAAAUGGCGGACUCUAAGUGGUGCUCCUCCAUUAGUCAUAGCUCGUGGUGGGUACUCUGGGUUGUUCCCUGAUUCAAGCCAAUCUGCGUACCAGUUUGCCCUGGUGAAUAGUCUUCCUGAAGCUGUUCUUUUCUGUGAUCUGCAACUUUCUAGUGACAAUGUUGGAUUCUGCAUGACUGGCUUGGCACUUGACAACUCAACUCUAAUAGCUGAGGUCUUCCCUAAGAAUGCCAAGACAUACAAAGUGAAUGGAGAAGCUCUGCAUGGAUGGUUUUCAGUCGACUUCACUUCAAAUCAGUUAACGGACAAUGUUACAUUGAUCCAGAAUGUUCUGUCUCGCCCGAGCGUAUUUGAUGGCACCAUGGGAAUGAACCUUGUUGAUGAUGUAGUAGGACUCAACCCUGCUCAACUUUGGAUUAAUGUACAGUAUGGCCAGUUCUUCCUAGAUCACAAAUUAAAUAUCGUAGAAUAUAUAUCAUCUAAAGUGAAAGAAUUUGGGGUCAAUUAUGUCUCCUCACCUGAAGUUGGAUUCCUUAAAAGCCUUGGUGGGAAGCUGAGGAAGAGCAAUGUGAAGCUCAUUUUACGGUUUCUUGAUGAGAAACUCAUCGAACCUUCCACAAAACAAACCUAUGGAGCCAUUCUAAAGGACUUGAAAUCAGUCAAGACUUUUGCCUCUGGAAUUCUCGUCCCCAAGAAUUACAUUUGGCCUGUGAACAAGGAUCAGUACUUGCAGCCAGCUACUACUUUGGUGAAAGAUGCUCAUGCCCUAGGCUUGGAGGUCUAUGCAUUUAAGUUUGCCAAUGAUUUCAUCUCAAGUUACAACUACAGCUAUGAUCCUAGUGCCGAGUAUUUGCAGUUUAUUGAUAAUUCUGACUUCUCUGUUGAUGGUGUCCUCACGGACUUCCCGUCCACAGCUUCAGCAGCCAUUGCCUGUUUAGCACAUACUAAGGACAACCCUCUUCCUCCUCCCAGAAAUGAUACCAGGCCACUGAUCAUCACCCACAAUGGUGCAAGUGGCAUCUUCCCUGGUGCCUCUGACCUUGCAUAUCGACAAGCAGUGGAAGAUGGCACAGAUAUAAUCGACUGUUCAGUACAGAUGUCGAAGGAUGCUGUGCCAUUUUGCAUGGACUCUCCAGAUCUUACAAAAGGCACAACAGCGGCAACAAUGUUCACGACAAAAGUUGCCAAUGUGAAUGAAAUACAGAACGGGUCUGGCAUCUUCUCAUUUGAUCUUUCAUGGAGUGAGAUCCAAACCCUAAAGCCUGACCUUGUUGGCCCGUUCAAUCAAGAAGGACUAAAAAGAAAUCCAGCAGCAAAGAACAGUGGGAAACUCAUGGCAUUAGCUGAUUUCCUGGCCUUCUCAAAGAGAAGUAACGUCUCUGGCAUACUAGUUGACAUUCGUAACGCUCCAUACCUAGCAACCAGAGGCAUGGGCAUUGUGGAGGCUGUUUCCAGUGCACUCGUCAAUGCCAGCUACGACAAAGAGACCAGGCAGCAGGUCCUCAUUGCGUCCGACAACUCCGCCGUGCUUGUAGCAUUCAGUAAGUUCCCAGGGUUCAAGCGGGUACUCCAGAUCAGCCACAUGAUCAGCGACGCCUCCAAGCAGUCUGUGGAGGAGGUGGCCAAAUUUGCGGACGCUGUGUCCAUCAGCCGUGGCUCAGUUGUCGAGGCACAAGGGUCAUUCCUUGUGCGGUUCACUGAUGUGAUCAACAAGAUGCACAGCGCAAACCUGUCAGUGUACAUCGGGGUGCUCAGGGACGAGUUCAUGAACCUUGCAUUCGACUUCUGCGCUAACCCAAUGGCGGAGAUCGUGCUGUACUCAUCUCUGAUGGCUGAUGGGAUCGUGACCGAGUUCCCUGCGACGGCAGCCGAGUACUUCAGGAGCCCAUGCAGUGACUUCAGCAAGAAUCUGACCUACACUGUCAUGCCUCCAAGACCCGGGUCUUUGCUCAACGUGACAGACCCCCAUGCACUGCCACCGGCGCAGGGUCCGGUGCCGGUGCUAGAACCUGCCGACGUCGUGGAUCCGCCGCUGCCGCCGGUAACCAUCGGUGGUCAUGGAGCUGCACCGUCUUCAAAUGAUUCCAGCACUAAGAGCGGCGCCACGGCGGCCGGCGCCAGCUCUGGCCUUUGCUUGUUGGUAGCUGGACUCGCUGCGCUCUUGGCAGUGAGCUCUCGGCGACCCUGAAGCCUGGGGUGCAGGAAUUGUACCGUGGGUUUGUUUGGAUAUUUUUAUGUUGCCGUCAGAGCUGUUUCGUUCUGCGAGAUAAUGUAAUUUAAGCAGGUGACAUUAUAUAGAUAGACACAGAGAUUAGACAACCUCUUAAUUUUGCAUUUAGAGAUUGGACAUUAUAUGCUAGACUUUUUCUUCGAAUCAUAGAUGCAAACACUCGUGCGCACGCGCGAGAGCACCCUUAUCCUAA